AUAGUUCAGGGUGUUCUCUCUCAGGCCACCAUGACAUAUCUGGGCGUUGGAACGGGGGCUGAAUAAACUGAGUAAGCACGAGAUCUGCGCUUGCAGUAAAGGGAUUGCAAACAGCCGGGGCUUGUCCCAUUCGCAGAUACACACCGGAGUGGUUUGCGGCGACUUUGGUUCUGCUAGGCGGGACUCUGCUCCAGGAGUUUAAACCACCGGGUUCUCUUGCUUUAGGGAGUACUGCUGCAAAGGAAGCGCUCUGUUUUCGGCCUUGAUCUACUGAACACUUUUGCCAAAAUGCUCCUUUUGUUGUUGGGAAUCAUUGUGCUCCAUAUUUCGGUGCUUGUUCUUCUCUUCGUUUCUACAAUUGUCAGUCAAUGGCUCGUUGGGAACGGGCACAGGGCAGACCUUUGGCUGAACUGCACCAUCCCUGUGUAUCAAUUUCGUUGCAUAACAUCAUCCACAAAUGAAUGGCUGCAAUCUGUCCAAGCUUUGAUGAUACUUUCUAUCAUCUUCAGUGUUAUAUCUUUGUUCAUGUUCUUCUGCCAGCUCUUCACCCUCACUAAAGGUGGACGAUUCUACCUUACUGGUAUUUUCCAGAUCCUUGCUGGCCUAUGUGUGAUGAGCGGCGCAGCCAUCUUCACAGUGAGACACACAGAUUGGCAUCCCUCCACAGACAACGCCUCCUUUGGCUUUGCCUACAUCCUGUCCUGGGUGGCCUUUCCGCUGGCUAUCCUUAGUGGGGUGAUCUAUGUCAUCUUGAGGAAGCGCGAGUGAAGUGUCAAGGGAGGUCACUGAGACUAGAGCCCUCAGGACAAAGGGUGUUGACAAGAUAGAAAAUGAAAAAACCAACCCACCCCCCAACCCCAUCCACCUAUACCCUGCCCCCCCAAACCCACAAAGAUAUUAGUGGGGGGGAAAAAAAGUAAGAAAGAGAGCUGAAAGAAAGGUUACUGUAUUCAUUGAAGAUGUAUAUAGUAUCUAUGGUUUAAAAAGCCUAUUUAUAACACUUUUUACAUAUAUGUACAGAGUACUGUUUGCUUUUGUUCGUUGACCUGCCACCAUGUUUAAAGCCUAAAAAAAGUGCCUAAGAACUCUUAACUCCUAACAAUGUAAUGAGAGUGCCGCUUUUUCCUCCCCGCCUUUUUGCUGUGGAAGCAAGUGGAUCCCUCCUCCAAAGCUUUCCACUGCCAACCUCAAGCCAAGCCCAGUUCAAGAACCCUCCAGCUGGCCCUCCAGCUGGGUAUGGUCUGCUACCCUGGCACCUACCUUGGCCCAUGCCUGCAUUAUGGCCCUGUUAACCAAAUGAUGGAGACCAAGUGCUAUGCAGGAAGGGGAAGAACGUCUACCCAAAAGCAGAUGGUGUGUUAGGUAAAGGUGGGUGAGCCCAGCUUCUCAACUGCUAGGGAUGAUAACCCAGUUGUGAAGGGGUUGAAUGAGGUAUAUUCAACCUGAAGCUGUUUGCUACUGUCACUGCCUCCUAUAACCCCCAGGUAUGAUCACCUGAGUUCCUUGUAGGAAAGAGAGGAUGCAAAGAUCCUGCAUCAGGCAUCAGUCUCACUCAGAGGGAAAUGUUGGCAUAUUUUGAAACAGCCAAGGCUAGCACUGAGGCUAAGUUAGAUGAAAGGAACAAUAUGGGUGGGAUGAGGAUCUAAAAUAAAAGUUCAGGGAAUUGAUUUGUAACUAGCCUAGUGCUUCUUCUCCAGCUAUGCCAGCUGGUCUUCAGAAAAUACUUUCCUCCGGUUUCCUGGAGAAUAAGCUAAAGUGGAAAAGCUGAAUGACACUUUCUAAGCUCUAUGGUCCACCCCCGUCCCUUUCCCUAAAUCCUCUGAAAUGAAAUACCAAAUCUGUGAAAUGGUGCUAUCUAUUUACCAUUCCUUAUAUCGCUAAGCCAUUUAACCCUUGCUCACUGGAAAGUGGGGUAACCGUUUUGAGAGAAGCCAAGGAAUAGGAAUGAUAAAUAAUUCUGUGUAAUAUAUACAACCUAUAACUGCUUUUGUAUGUAGGAAAGUCGCUAUCCAUUAUUAUUAUUACUAUUUUUUUAAUAAAGCACUUAUAACCAAGGAUUUUUUUUUUUCUUUUUCCCUUCAUGGGCAGAAGGGAAGUAAGCAAACUUCUAGACCUUACAGAAUCCACUGCCCCCCCACCAAAGCUGUUCUGUAACCUUUUUCUGUGCUUCCAGAAAUGUCUGGGAAUGAACUGUACAGGUGACCGCCCAUAGCAGUGUAGGCGGUGCCGUCUAAUGCUAAGACUCCAGGCAUUAUUAUGCAAUUAUUUUGCUUUGCUUUUCUGAUUUUAUACCAGCUGUGUGGACUAAGAAGCAACAAAAUAAAAGCCAGAAUAACUCAAGCACUUUGGCUUAUAUUGCAUCUCAAUCAAUUGUUCUGAAUGAGCCUUUACGUUGGGCAACUGACAAGCUAGUGACCUGGGUCACACAUUGUGCUAAGUUAUAACAUGGUUGCCUUAGUUUUAGGUCAAUAUAUGUGGGAAUGAGUGAUUUGUGGUUCGUUUAGUAAACCAAGGUUAAGCAAUCCUAAUGGGCCCAGUUAAUGUUGCUGGCUGGGGAAUUCUGGGAGUUGAAGUCCACAUAUCUUGAAGUGGCCAACGUUGAAAAACACUGCUAUAGAAGAUUUAUUUGGUGCAACUGCUGGUUUUAUUCAUUGACAGUAUAACCAGAUUUGCAUACUUCAUUCAGCCAUAGUUUAUUUAAUAACAUUUUACUGAAUAAAUCACAAUUGGCUAGGUUUCUUCCAAACACCCAAAAUUAAACCAAACAGAUCAGCUGGGGAUCCCCAUUAUGGACUUAGGUCUUCUAGAGUCAUUCAACCAUUGUGUUUAAAUAAUAGUAUUGAGAACAGACUAUUAAUGUUUUCAGGAGUUAGAAGAAGCUAUAAGUGAGUAGUGAGCAUAUGGCUUAGGCUGAGUGUGCGUUGUGAAUUGGGUUUGUUAAUAUUUCAAAGCAUUACCUCAUGCACAGUGAAAGAACAUACUUUCAGUUGCAGCAGAAUUGCUCUGAUUUUGAAUCCAAAAUUCUGUGAAUGCCAAUGCUCAAAUUUCGAAUGACAAACUCAGUUUGGCUUCCAUGCAAUAGUAAAAUGACCCCAAUAUUUGAUGGACUACGAGUCCUUUAAUCCCAACUCAGCAUAACCAUUAACCAGGAGAUGGCUUUGCUAGCAUACACUGAAUCCCUGUCUGCGUGUGUCGGUGCACUUCUUCAAGCCUGUAAGCUACUCGUUAGAUGAUUUUAAGACCACUCUUUUAAAUUUACAAAUUCAAAGGGAUUUUAGAUUUUUUUGAAGCAUCUGAUGCAAGACUACCACAGUCUUGCAAGCACUACUUACGCAGCUAUUGCAUGGGGAGCUCGUGCUUGUAGAUGGAGAGCAAGCCUACAUUAGCAAGCCCUACCUUAACCUUAAGAAGUUCCAUGCCUGUGGAUUGGCCAAAGUCCCUGCUUUUUACAAGGCACUGAUAGCAUUAGUAGAACUCUAGGAAUGUAUUGAAUGUACUUAUGUGAAGACCAUACAGACAUUCUUCUCCAUUGGUGUAGAUCAGGAGGUGCA